GCCUGGAUCAGUGACAUCCGAGCAGGGACCGCCCCCUCAUGUGGCAGCCAUAUCAAAUCAAGCUGCAGCUUGAUCGCCUUCAACUCCGACCGCCCAGGUGUGCUGGGCAUUGUGCCUCUGGAAAGCCAAGGAGAGGACAAGAGACACGUGGCCUACCUAGGCUGCCACUCAGACCUGCUCACAGACUUGGCCUUCUCUCCCUUUGACGACUUCCUGCUGGCCACGGGCUCUGCUGACAGGACGGUGAAACUCUGGCGUCUGCCAGCCUCUGGCCAGGCCCUGCCUUCAGUGCCCGGGGUGGUGUUGGGCCCCCACGACUUUCCAGUGGAAGUGCUGCAGUUCCACCCCACUGCAGACGGCGUCUUGGCGAGCGCAGCUGGCACGGCCGUGAAGGUCUGGGAUGCGGCCAGGCAGCAGCCCCUGACAGAGCUAGUGGCCCAUGGGGACCUGGUACAGAGCGCCAACUGGAGCUGGGACGGAGCCCUCCUGGGCACAGCGUGCAAGGACAAGCAGCUGCGGAUCUUUGACCCCAGAGCAAAGCCCCAGGCCUCACAGAGUACUCAGGCCCACGAGAACGGCAGGGAUGGUCGGCUGGUGUGGACGAGCACCAAGGAACACCUCGUGUCCACUGGAUUCAACCAGAUGCGAGAGCGUGAAGUCAAGCUCUGGGACACCCGGCUCUUCUCCAGCGCCCUGGCCUCCCUCACCCUGGACACCUCACCCGGGUCUCUGAUGCCCCUGCUCGACUCGGACUCCGGGCUCCUGGUCCUGGCAGCAAAGGGCGAGAGGCAGUUGUGCUGCUACGAGGUGGCUCCACAGCAGCCGGCACUGAGUCCAGUGACUCAGUGCAUCCUGGAGAGCGUGCUGCGGGGGGCGGCGCUCGUGCCCCGUCGGGCACUGGCUGUCAUGGGCUGCGAGGUGCUCCGUGUCCUGCAGCUGAGCGACACAGCCAUCAUACCCAUCAGCUUUCAUGUGCCCCGCAAGGCCGUGGAGUUCCAUGAGGACCUGUUCCCAGACACUGCUGGCUGUGUGCCCGCUGCUGACCCCAGCACCUGGUGGGCAGGGAGCGACCAACAGGUCCAGAAGGUCAGCCUCAACCCAGCCCGCCGGCCCCUCCACAGUUUCACCUCGUGCCUGGUGCCCCCCACGGAACGCCCCCCUGACACUGUGCUGCCCGCGGUGGAGACGCCUGGGAGUGAGGCAGACCCAAGCGAGGGCUUCUCCUCCCCUCCCAGCUCGCUGACCUCACCCUCUACGCCCUCCAGCCUGGGGCCCUCGCUCUCCAGCACCAGCGGCAUCGGCACCAGCCCCAGUCAGAGGUCGCUGCAGAGCCUGCUGGGUCCCAGUUCCAAGUUCCGCCACGCCCAGGGCACCAUCAUGCACCGAGACAGCCAUAUCACCAACCUCAAGGGGCUCAACCUUACCACGCCUGGCGAGAGUGAUGGCUUCUGUGCCAACCGGCUGCGUGUGGCUGUGCCCCUGCUCAGCAGCGGUGGCCAGGUUGCUGUGCUCGAGUUGCAGAAACCCGGCCGCCUGCCCGACACCACACUGCCCACGCUGCAGAAUGGGGUAGCUGUGACCGAUCUAGCUUGGGACCCCUUUGACCCCUGCCGCCUUGCUGUGGCUGGAGAAGAUGCCAGGAUCCGGCUGUGGCGGGUGCCCCCACAGGGCCUGGAGGAGGUGCUCACCGUGCCUGAGGCUGUGCUCACAGGCCACACAGAGAAGAUCUACUCCCUGUGCUUCCACCCGCUGGCAGCCGACGUGCUGGCCUCCUCCUCCUAUGACCUCACAGUUCGCAUCUGGGACCUGCGGGCCGGAGCUGAGCGGCUGAGGCUGCAGGGCCACCGGGACCAGAUCUUUGGCUUAGCGUGGAGUCCCGACGGCCAGCAGCUGGCCACUGUCUGCAAGGAUGGGCAUGUGCGUGUCUAUGAGCCCCGGGGGGGCCCUGAGCCCCUGCAGGAAGGCCCAGGGCCCGAGGGGGCCCGUGGAGCCCGUGUUGUCUGGGUAUGUGGUGGUCGCUGUCUGCUGGUGUCUGGCUUUGACAGCCGAAGUGAACGCCAGCUGCUCCUGUACGAGGCCACGGCCCUGGCCGGUGGGCCCCUGGCAGUGCUGGGCCUUGAUGUGGCUCCAUCCACCUUGCUGCCCAGCUACGACCCAGACACGGGCCUGGUGCUCCUCACUGGCAAGGGUGACACUCGCGUGUUUCUGUACGAGCUGCUCCCUGAGGCCCCUUUCUUCCUGGAGUGCAAUAGCUUCACGUCGCCUGACCCCCACAAGGGCUUCAUCCUCCUGCCCAAAACGGAGUGCGACGUGCGGGAGGUGGAGUUUGCCCGGUGCCUGCGGCUGCGCCAGACCUCCGUGGAACCUGUGGCCUUCCGGCUGCCCCGAGUCAGGAGAGAGUUCUUCCAGGAUGACGUGUUCCCAGACACGGCCGUGAGCUGGGAGCCCACGCUCAGUGCCAAAGCGUGGCUGGGAGGCGCUAACGGGCAGCCCCGGCUGCUCAGCCUGCAGCCCCCCGGCAUGACUCCAGUGAGCCAGGCUCCCCGCGAAGCCCCUGCCCGGCGCGCCCCCUCCUCAGCACAGUUCCUGGAAGAGAAGUCAGACCAGCAAAAGAAGGAGGAGCUGCUAAAUGCCAUGGUGGCCAAGCUCGGGAACCGGGAGGACCCACUGCCCCAGGACUCCUUCGAAGGUGUGGACGAGGACGAGUGGCACCAAGAACCUGGGUACCAUCGCAGAAGCCACCCACAACAUACAUUUCGACGGGCCAGCCAGGAGUCUACCUCUUUAGGUUACUCCAGUCCCAUCAUGAAGACGUCUGUGCCCGUGUCAGAAGACUGGAAGGAACUAAGCUGUGAAAUGGCAAAUGACUGUACAGUAGGACUAUCAACCCCUUGGGACCGCCACUGAAUCCUGGUGUGAGUCACCCAGCACCAACGACACACCUGGUACUGUCUCAACGACCUGUCCCAGCUGGAUCAGAUAGGGCGGGAGUUCCACGACCCCUUUCCUGCACAAAGCAGUUGCAGAAGCCACACACCCACUUGCAGCUCCCCACAAAGAUUAUGGGGCUCGUGCCUCUCAGGAGGAUUACGAGGCAGGAGAAAGCUAGCAAAUGAAAGCAGGUAAAGGGGCUGGCGUGUUCCCAUGUGGCUAGAUAGAAAAACCCAUCAGGGCAGGUCAAGGUAAUGUGAGCAGGAGAGAGUGAGGGGUGCCUCGCUGAUUAAGUCACGUUAAUAUAGCCAGUGAGAGAAAUCAGUGGGCCUCGUCACAUGUGAAAUAGCCAGUGAGAGAGCAAUGGACCCAGCCGAUGACCAACCAGCAUGACCUAGAUUAGAAAUUAUGAACGGGUCAGCAGGUGCUGGUGUGAUUAAGGGCGCUGGACUCCCAUAUGGCCAA